AUGGCUCCUCAACAGCGGUGGUACAGCGGCACGUUUGCCCGCACAGCGCUGCCGAUGUUUGGGUUUGUGCUGCUCUGCUGGUACGGCCUUGACCAGCUCGUCAGCAGCAAGCUCAAGAUACGGCAAAGCGUCCGCGGCUACGACAAGGUGGAGGAGUAUGACCCCAUAGAGCGGCUCAGGCGGCUGGAGGGGGCGCGCGGCGGCGGUGGCAGCGGGGGUGGCGGUGGCAACAGUAGCGGACAUGGCAGCAAUGACAGCGGCAGCGGCCCAGGCAAGCAGCCCGGGGCGGCAGCCCCGUCUGCGCUGGCGUCGCUGGAGGAGGAGCUUGCCGCACUGCAGGCCAGCCUCAAAAUUGACGACUUUGAUUACAAGCCGGUGCCGCGGACGGUGGAUGAUGAGGAGUAG